AUGGCAGAACAAACCUCUAUCUCGGCAUCUUCCGAUACCGCAAAACAGGCCGAAAAGCGCGUAUGGUACCGCAGUACUCUAUUCAAUGCAUGCAUUAUUGGCGGCGUGGGCUUUCUGGCCCCUGGUUUGUGGAAUGCCAUGAACUCGCUCGGCGCUGGCGGCGCGCAGUCGCCCUUUUUGAUCAAUGCGGCUAACGCGCUUGUUUUCGGGCUUAUGGGCUUUUUGUGUCUUUUCGGUGGUCCCAUUGCUAACCGUAUUGGCUUGAAUUGGACUUUGAUGCUCGGUGCUGUUGGAUACCCUUUAUACUCGGCUGCUUUAUAUACGAAUAACCGCUUUGGAAAUGUUUGGUUUGUUCUUGUUGGCUCGGUAUUUUGUGGCUUAUCCGCCGGUCUGUUCUGGGCAUCUGAGGGUGCUGUGGCAUUGGGUUAUCCUGAGCCAACUAAAAGAGGUCGCUACAUGAACAUCUGGCUUUGGUUCCGUACAGGUGGCCCACUGGUGGGAGGUGCUAUUGUUCUUGGCCUGAAUCACUCCGGUGAUGCACACAGUAAGGGAAAGGUGGGGUCGCAAACUUACCUUAUCUUCGUUGCGCUCCAAUGUCUCUCUGUACCUGUAGCCUACUGGCUCACUCCACCAAGCAAGGUCCAGCGCACCGAUGGCAGCAAGGUCAAGAUUGUUCUGCAAGAUUCGUGGCGCGACGAAAUGAAAGAGCUUUGGAAGGUCUGCAAGCGUAAAGAGAUUCUCUUGCUUCUGCCUGUCUUCUGGGCCGCAUACUUCAAUCAGUACAGCGGAAACUUCAAGACCUAUUACUUCGGUGUCCGGGCUCGUGCUCUUAUGGGUUUCGUCAGUUACUUUGCCAGUCUUCUCUCGUCCACCAUCAUCAGUAGGUUUUUGGAUUAUCGUGGAAUUUCAAUCAGAAACAGGAUUAAGUACAGUUUCUUCUACGUGAUUGUCGUGCACAUAGUUGCCUGGGUGUACGCCUGGGUUAUUCAAGAAAAGUACACCAAGAACCCACCAACGCUAGACUGGGCCGACAAGGGCUUUGUGGAGGGUUUCUUCGUCAUUCUGCUUUGGGAAUUCUCCCAGCAAAGCCUCCAAAACUUCCUUUACUAUCUCCUCUCCACGAUGACCGACAAUAUUUCCGAACUUUCUCGACUGUCUGGAAUUCUCCGAGGCCAGGAGAGUUUCUCACAAGCUGUGUCCUUCGGUAUCAACACCCGAAACUGGCACGGUGGAAGGGUGCCACUUGCUGUGAACACAAUCCUCCUUGGUCUCGCAGUGUGGCCUACUUGGCUUGUUGUCAAGGAUCACGUCCCCAUCGAACACGAUAAUGAGGCUGCCCAGUACCCACAAGGACAGGAUGAGGAGCAUACAAAAGCCAGCAUCUCUGUUAAAGAACCAUUUGUGGUUGAGGAAACGACCGCCACAAAAUGA